AUGGAUCUUGGCACCCUGGUCGAUCGCCAGCCUGGCGUGGCGUCCGUGCCUGCGUUUGCGGCGCCGCUCUUGUUUCCCAUCCAGCAGACGCCCAUUCAGAAAGAGCUGACCGAGUUGCUCAUCAAAUUGCACCGGCCGUACCUAGAGAAGCUAUUUACGGGACAGGCAAUGGACGAGGUGGAUUCUGACUCUCUGAGCAGCUCGGCCAUGCUUGAGCUGUUCCUGGCCAAUCUGAAACAGGUCGCCAACCACUCCAGUCUGCUUGUGGACCAUUUUAUGUCCAGGAACAUGGUGUUGAUGAACCCCAAACACAACCUCAAACGGUCCUCUGCAAAGUACGUCUGUAUCGACGACUUUCUGAGCCGGCUUGCCGCGCAAAAGCAGCCGCGCACGGUGAUUUUGACUGCCGCAAGCUCGCGCGAGCUGGACCUGAUCGAGGGAAUCUUGAUAGGCAAGCGGGAUCUCCAGUACUACAGAUUCAGUGGCUCCUCGCUCUAUUACGACAACCACGGCUCGUUCGACUUCAACAAGCAAGAACUGAGCAAUCCGGCUAUGCCGUUGCCGCAGGUAGCAGCCGCCAACGGCAAGAGUAACGGCACAGACGACUACACGCCGCGGAUCUCCAAGAACAGUCCACUGCACCAUAAGAUCGAGCAGCAGAAAAAUCGCGUUGUGAGCGUGUACCUGAUUUUGUCCAACCAAUUGCAGAGUCUGGCACGGUUCGAGGAGCUGCGCAGCGACCUGGUGAUCUCGCUGGACGCGCAGCUGGCCCAGAAUCUUGCGAUUCCCGUCAUUAAGCCGGUAUAUCUGAACGGGAUCGAAUACUUCGAUCUUGUGCUUGACAGCGCGUAUUCCGGAGACGAGCGAGCCAAACACCUCGCCAAGCUGGUGCUGGUGAACAGGAAUGCCGCCACCGAGAGUCCGGGGCUGCAAGACGUCGUCAACUGGCUCGACGGCCACGGCAGCUACCCGUACACGGAGAGCAAAAAAAUAGAGACGGUGAGCGAUAACGACGCUUUGGAAGCGCUGGCGAGCCUGGAGCUUGAGUUGCCGUACCGUCUGGACCGCUACGAAUUUUUCAACCCGUCGCUGGCUCCAAAGGACGACCCCAAGAAGCUCAAGCUCGAGGAAUCUCCGUUGGCGAGCCUGACGUACCACCAGUACCAGCUACGACUUGGCCGAUUGAUCUACGACCGCUACCAGGAACUGCUUUUCACGGUCGACACGCAGCGCAAACACCUUGCCGAUAUUCACGAGGACGACUCGCAGCGGCAGGCCCAGCUGGAGGCCGUUGUGGAGGCCACGGGAGAUCGGUUUAGAAAAUUGCAGACGACCAAGACUGCGGCGGAAAGUCUGGCCAAGCAGGUUGCAAAAUGCGAAAAGGAUCUGCGCACCGUUGAGGAGACGGACCAGAGGCUCAAAGAGCGCAUGGAAGAGUACACCAAACGCGUACGGGACGGAGCUACAGAGUCGGCGCUGCUGGAGCAGCAGAAUACCAUUACUGCCUUACAAGACGAAUUGAAACAGGUGGAAGCCGAGUAUCAGAAAGAAAUGGCGGAAAACGAGUCUGUCCGAGCAGAGUACCAGCAGAAAUCGUCUGCUGCUGCGGAAAUGUCGUCGAAACUGAUGGAGACGAAAAAGAAGCUCGAAGCGGCGCAGACAGAGAGCAAGGGCGACUUCCGCAAGCUGCAGCAGACGAAACUCGACAGAGAAACAGAGGUGUACAAAAAACGCACACAGUCGCUGGCCAGUCAAAACAAGUUUCUGGAAAAAUACAUCAAAAUUCUCGACAACGCCGCCAAGGAAAAAGCAACCGUCGGCCGCAUCCGCGCAAGCCGCAGCACAACGCCAUACCAGUGA